GUCUUGUGGUAUGGAAAGAUGGUUUGGACGCUGAGCCACUUUGGCACGUGCGUGCAUGUUGAUAGAGUGACUUCAUACAACAAGCACUCACCUCUCUACAAUCACAUAUACCUCAUCCAACAUGGCACCUUCUCUGCAAAUCUCAAUACCAACCACGUCGACGGGCGAAGAAGGUGGUAAACCGUAUACCCUCUAUCACGUCCAGCUCGCUCUCCCGAUCCGCACACACGAGACGCGCAAGCGCUACUCGGACUUUACCUCACUGCACGACUCCCUCGUAUCACAAACCGGCGCAGCUCCUCCAGCCUCACUACCGCCCAAGUCAUGGCUUCGCCGUACCGUCGAUAAUCCCGCUCUGACCGAACAACGGCGACGAGGACUCGAAGCCUAUGCCCGAGCAAUUGUUGAUGCCCAAGAUGCACGCUGGCGCUCCUCGACCGUAUGGCGUCACUUUCUCGGCCUACCCCAAGAUGAUAAACAGCACAAAAUCAUGCAAGCAAAAGACAGUGUCGUCGAUCCUGCCGCUUGGCUAGACCUCCAUCGCGACGUCAAGAGUCAACUCAAUGAUGCUCGCCAACUACUCAAGAAACGAGAUGCUGCAGCAACCGCCCAAGAACAACAUGCCAUUUCCGCAAAUGCAAAAGCAGCGCUUGUUCGUGCAGCUACAGGACUCGCAAGACUGGACGACGCUCUCUCAAAAACACAAAAGAAGACAAAGGAUGACGAUGACGGUGGCUGGGCUCAAUCUUCCCAUCUCGGUGAGGGUGAAAUUCGCCGUCGUCGUGAUAUGAUCGGCCUCGCGCGUGCGGAAACCGAGUUUCUCGAGUCAAAUCUCAAGUCUUUGGUUGUGAAGCCUCAGGGUAGUAUGCUGAGCGCCACAUCCGCCGCUGCUACAGCUUCCGACUCGGACAAACGCGCUUUAUGGGGAGAUGCUCCUGCCGCAAGAAGUUCGAGACGCGUUUUGGGUGGCCCGGCUCAAGAGACUGAUCGCACACGAGAGUUGGACAACCAAGGCGUGCUGCAACUACAGAAGCAAGUCAUGGGAGAGCAAGAGCAGGAUGUCCUUGCAAUCGGCCAAGCCGUUACAAGGAUGAAGCAGAUGGGUAUCAUGAUCAACGAGGAGUUGGUCAUUCAAAAUGAGAUGUUGAGUAUGAUGGAUCAAGAUGUGGACAGAGUCCAAGGCAAGAUCGAUAUUGCAAAGAAGAGGAUCAAGAAGAUCAACUAGCGGUUGGGUAUGAGGAAGCGAUUCAUGUCAUUGGUGUUUUAGGGGUUUGAUUUGGCACACACGGAUACCCUUCUUUCUCGUUCAUUCCCAUGGCUGUACAUAAGCAUUUACUCGUGUUGCUUUUCUUCUAUUGCAUGUCUUAUUGUCUAUAUCUUACACUUCUUAUCACGUGCGCUGUGAGCAACCGCUUAGUUUAUUUGGAGCACGGUGCUCAGACUCUCUGUUCAGCAUGUCAUGUCUGAUGGCAUUAGUAUGUUACAAGCUGCCAGCAGGGAAGCUUCGCCAACUCCUGCUACAUGCAAAUCUACGCCUUCUGCACACCACGAGCACCCUUU